AAACGAUGACAGCUCUAUCUACAACAAACUGUUUGCUGACCAGUCUGGUGAUGGAUACUCAGUAUUGAAACUGGGAAGACCAGAAGAGUUUCGCCAUUUCCAAAAUGUUAACUUGAGAGAAAGGUUCACGUUUUGUUUAGUGUCGCGAAGGAUUCAAGACCCUGUCAGAGCGAUAAAUACUUGAUGAGUGGUCCUGCAAGUUUUAUGAGUUACCCUAGACUCUUUCAGACAAUAAAACUCUGAUUCGAAACACGAUCGUCUAAUGGCUCUCUGCUGAACGUGAGAUACAUGUACAACCAUACUAUUUGUCGACACUAGUGCCAUCGCUACAUCUGCAACGUUUUACAAGUUCACCCGACAUGUCAUCAUGUAGACCUCUGGGUGUUUCUGCAUUUCAAAACUCUUCUUCUUCUAAACACGUCGUAUAACUUCCGCAAGGCCGCCAUGAAUAACAAAUUCACCUAUUUUAGCAGCCAAGGUGAUAGGGCCACAUCGGCCGGCUAUCGGCUUCCUCUCCCCCGUGUUUCCAGUGCCUACCACAAGAAAUGCGUGCCGGCGGAGAGAGAACGACCGUCGGGGAGCCGCUCCGCCCCGCCGCCGGCCACCAAGAAUUACUCGGAUGUCGACUACCGGGAGUGUGACCAUGUGACGGGCGACCGGAUCUGGCGGGAGUCGGUGGGCCGGGAGAAGAACGGCGUGAAAAAGUGGGAAGAAGGCUGGGGAUUUCUGAAAGACUACGAUCAAAAGGGGAACUUGAAGGAGAAAGAAGAGCUCCCGGAAAACCUGACCCGCUUCUCUGCGACGGUUCCCAACACGGCCAACCAAGUCCUGGGUCACCGGCAGGCCACGGGGGCAGCUGCGGCCAUGGUCCAACUCCAACACCAGCUCAGCAUCGGCCACCAGAAAAAGCACCACAAAGAGCUCGUGUACGGGGCCGAUUGAUGGAGGCCCCUCAGCUGCCAUUGUUAUUGGAAGAGCAGACCGACCCGAUAGCUGCCCGUUUGUGACAGUCUCUGAAGAUGCGUGCACUAUACGCUCGAGUAUCAGCACUCAUCAGAUCAGUUUACACAGAAAGCGAGUGUCGUUUAUCUCAUGGCGACUUGACAUACACCCUGAAUACCCCAUAUUUGUCCAAUGUUCGAACUGUUUGUGAUUACGCGGAGACAGCUGUAUUAACGUUACUUACAUGUUAGCCCAAGAUAGUGCCAGUAUUUUUGGAAUGUUAAUUUUUUUUAGUAACCAGACCUUUUCUAGUUUGGACCGAAGUAAUUUAUGGGUGGGAAACAAUGGAUAACAUUAGCAAUACAUCAGUGGCGUAGCCAGGGGGGCUGAAGGAAUAUGCCCCCUCCCCCCUCAAACAAAACUCUUAGUGCCACUCAGGUGCCCCCCCCCCGAGAAAAACGGAAGAAUGGAUAUUGAACAAGGCUAACAUAAACUUGCCCCAAAAACCACAAGACUGAAAACUGGUGCCCUCCCAUAAGCUGCUGGUGCCCCCUUUGUUCCCCUAGUAAAAUUCUAGCUACGCCACUGCACUCACUACAUGAAUAACACUGGACUGUCGUAAACAUUCCUUGCUUUAAAAGCACCCUGGUUCUCUUUUUUAAACUGAACAAUAUUGGAGCAGUUGUGUCUGUGUUCUUUUGUUGUGGGCAUAAAUCCUAGCAGUACCAGAAGUUAGGCUGAAUAGACAUCAUGGCGUUAGACAUGAUCAUUCAACGACCAUAGAACGUGCACCUUGCACGCAUUUCCAAAUAUAAACAUAAAUAGCAGCAGACGGGCAAAAGUCAGACGUCACACAUUAUCACACUUUUGACAAAUUCACAAAAGAAGACUGGAUUCUUUUUCGCACCCAGUUCCCUCACCACGGAACCUUGCAGUUGGAUAUGAUUCACACACAAUUCAUGUGCGGGUCCAAAGAACAGAUUGCAGAAAUACACUCGGUCCAGUGAACAAAUAUCCAGGUUGGGUGCCCCAAAUUGCCCUGGUGUCCUUCUGCCCACCUGCAGAACCAAUGAUGUUUGCAUGCAGACUCUGGCUGUACACAUCAAAAUGUGGUAUUCAGGGGCGCCAUGGGGGGGGGCCUUCAAAGCUGGUUGCCAAUACGUACCGUACAGCAUAACGCUCUGUGUAGAGGCUUUGCUUGGCAGCCAUCUUGCAAGGCAGUUCUGUUACACAGAAAAACCUCCUUUGUGCACAACCCGUGGAAUAAAAAAAAAAAAAUUGGCCUGCAAGUUGACAGCCAUGCAAACCCUCUAUACCACAUCUUUGAGUACUAAGGAAGAAUGUCGUGCGAUAGGUAAAUAAUUUGUGGUUAAAGAUACAGGAGAUUAUUUUUACACAUUUCAAGACUGGGUGUUGAAUGUCAAGUAAACCCAUGGGCAGGGCAUGGCUCCAAAGGUGGCGCCCAAUAACCCACAGAGCCCCUGGUCUCUACGCGAAAUGCAGUAUCAGUAACAAAAGACCCUGUCUGGUGUAGAUUUUAUAGAGACAUGUACAUGUAUAAUUAUAAAUCAAGGUAUUAUUCAAUAACUUAUGUGCCGAGGACUUUGGAUCCAACGAACGCUAUACAUGUAUCGUUUCUCGAGUGCAAGUCCUGUACGUGAUGUUUGUACAAAGAAAUUGAUAAUGUGUACACGUACUGAUGCAUGUACUAUAAUAAAGCGAUAUGGCUGACAAAAUUUCCAGGUCUACUUACUGACUCAUAUUUGUUUUUCCAAAUCUAUGUUUUUCUCCGCAUUGGAGAUUUGUAUUAUAUUAUAUAUCGUGUCAAAGUAUGAUUAGCCUAAGUAAUGGUUCUAUGUUUCGCUCGUUUAGGUACUUGAAUCGUUAUUUUUACUUUCUGAAUGCUUAGUCGGUCUUUGUCCUAGUUAUUCAGUUUGGGUCUUUAGUGAGUUUUUGGCAGUACUCAUAGCCAGUGACUGAUAUUAAACUAGACUUGGAAUUAAAGUGUAACUGCAAUGAAUUUUUCUUAGAAACUGUGAGACACAAUUUUUCUUCAACUUUGUAUUCAUCUUCAAUGUAUGUGUAUGAAAACUCUUUGAUUUUCCUAUUUGGCUAAAGAUACUGAAAAGUGUACUGUCAUGCUUUUAAGCAAUUAAAAUCAUCAACUGGUGGUGCUGUUGCUGUGA